GCUCUUUCAUUUGGUUCUGUUUACGGAUUGAAACAUGGCUGAGGUCGAUGAAACCCUCAAGAAGAAACGUACCUUCAGGAAGUUUACCUUCCGAGGCGUUGAUCUUGAUCAACUUCUUGAUAUGCCCAAGUGAGUGUUUUUAUUAUUAAUGAAUUACUUUGACUUUUUACCUGAAGAGUAGUAGUACAAUUAGAAUAUUGAAGUAGAAAAGUAUAACCUCUUGAUGUGACCCUUAAUAUAAACCUAUGUAAAAUAUAAUGACUGCGACUCUCCGAUUAAAAUGUUUACCGUUACAUCAUUAAAAUAUCCAUAAAAAAUGUUUUUCAGUGAGCAACUCAUGGAGUUGAUGCAUGCGCGAGCUCGCAGGCGAUUCGCCCGUGGCUUAAAACGAAAACCAAUGGCUCUAGUUAAAAAACUGCGCCGCGCAAAGAAGGAAGCGCCUCCUAAUGAGAAACCAGAAAUCGUCAAGACCCAUCUGCGUAACAUGAUCAUUGUCCCAGAGAUGGUUGGAUCUAUUGUUGGUAUUUACAAUGGAAAGACAUUCAAUCAGGUUUGUGUCUUAUCUUUUUUUACAUGUUUAAUAAUACUAUAUUGUGCAGAAAUCAGCCUGAAAUACAAACACAAUUUGAUGGCUCUUUAAUCCUUUAAAACCUAUGCCUAUAUAGAUAAGGUUUAUAUAAACACCAAUUUUAAUUAUUUUUGUAUCUAAGCAAGUAGUUAAUAUAUUAUAUCACCAAAAUUUUGCUAAUAAUGAUAUCAUAGUGUGCUAAUGAGGCUUUUCUAUAGUAAGGGUGACAAACGAGCACUUAGUCCACCUGAUGGCAGGCCUCUGUCACUCUUGCUACCUAAACUCAUUACCUAAACUCGUGAGGCACCCCCAAGUUAGAACGCAGUCGGGGCUAGCGCAUUCUAGGCGAUUGUAAUGUUUAUAAAGUUGUAAUGUCAUUGUAAAGUUUUUUAAUGCUGUUAACGUACAUAGUUUUUUGUAAAUGCUUGUCAAAAUAGUUUUUGUUUAGUGUUUAGUAUAUUUAAUUGUAGGAUAAAAUAGUUUAAAAAGUUUUAAUGUAAUUUAAGAAUAAUAUAUAUGUAUAUUACCUAUCUAUAUCAUAAAUUAUAUAGACAAAUCGUCAUUCCUACUAUAAUUGUUGUUGGGAUGGAUGCAUAAUGAGUAGACAAAAGGAUUCAGAAAUAUCAUUUUUUAAGUUACCAAAGGAUAAAAUGUAAAUUUGUUUCAUUUUUUUGUUAGGGAGGUACUUAUAGUGAAAAAAGAAUUAAGUAAUAAUUUAAUUGCAGAAGUAAUACCUAAGUACCUACUUACAUACCUAAUACUUGUCUUUAGUAAUUAAAAUAUUAAGUUAUACUAACACAAAAUACUGAAAUUAAAAAUUUGUUUAGAACAUUUUUAACUGUUUUCUGUUAGAAAUUGUACUUCGGGCUUACUUGUUGUUUUAUCUACCUAUUUCUUACGAACCAAGCAUCGCGAUUCCCGACAAAUGGUAACGGUAUCUUGGUGGUAAAGUGGUAAAUUUUUAGGAAACUAAACUUUGAGCAAAUUAAAUUGAUAAAUCAUAAAAAUUGUUUAUAUGUUGUGGUAGAUUGCACGGAAACUAUAAGUGAUAUUGCAUUUGUAUCUACAAGAGGUUGAUAGCAAAAUCAACACUCCACACUUCAUGUAUCGUGUACAGUUCUCUUUAGAACUGGAGAAAACUGCACUUUCACUCACAGAAAGUAGGACAAAUUUUUGUGACAAAAAGUGAAAAAUUUCAAAUUUUUUAACUAAAAUGAUUGAACUAUAUGAGCAAUGUCAUAAUAUCAUGUUGUGCGUCUCAGACCGUGAUAUACGCGAGUGAAACCGCGGGGCACAGCUAGUAUUUUAUAAACAACAGAAGAAUUUCUUAUGAAACAGUAGUAACAGAUUUAAAAAAACGUUGAUGUUAAAAAUGACAAACAAAAUUUUUCAUUUCAUUUAUUGGUUUUGAGUGCACUUUUCACUAGCUAACUUUCUUAUCUCAAUUUCAGGUUGAAAUCAAGCCCGAGAUGAUUGGCCACUACCUCGGCGAGUUCUCCGUAACAUACAAACCUGUCAAGCACGGUAGGCCCGGUAUUGGUGCCACACACAGUUCGAGGUUCAUUCCUCUGAAGUAGAACUUGACUGUUUCUUCUAGGUUAAGUGGAAAAUGUGCACAAGUUAACAAUAAAGUUGUCUUGUGU